CUAAGGUGAAACCUAGGUCGUGAACCUAGUCCUAGUAUAAGUCAGGAAAAUUUUGUAAAGGGUCUUGUAGUUGUGGAUUAUCAAGAAAUCUCCUUUAUGAUUCCUCAUCAUGAUUGGAAUCCAAAUGGGAUCAUUUUGUUGAGAUAUAUUGAUAAAAUCAUCAUCAUCCCUUCUCUAUUCCCUCAAAUGCGCGGUAAAUGCCAUAGAAACUCUCGUGUUUUUGUGCUGAGACAUAACCUAUAAUUCCAAUAAUCAGGAAAGAGUGGCCUUCGACCUUCGGAGAUGGCCCUGGGCACCCGUUCAUCGCGUCGCCACAACGAUCUGGACAGACUGACAAUCCAAAAGCAAUGGAACCUGGGUAUCACCUCAGAGGUAGAUCUCCCCGAGGACUUUGACCCCUCAACAGCAUCUCCCCUGGACGAGCGUUUCAACACCGAGGUAAAACCCGACCUGGGGGAGAUGCUCCGGCAAUUCGACAUCUCCUACUUCCAGGGUAAAAUAAAGGGAUACAGAAUCGAGUGGAAUGCUAGCCUGAUAACAGCCUACGGUCGUACAAAUUUCUCCCAAAAUAAAAUAUCAAUCUCCAAAUUUCGACAUCAGGGGCAGAGGCGAUCGGUCCUAGUUAAAUCAAUUCUCCACCAGGCGAUCCACGCUUACCUGGACAAGCUGGGACUCAACAGGAGGGAAAAUGCAGCUCACGGAAAGGACUUCAAGAUUGAGAAGUCGAGGAUAUCGAAAGCAUUGGGAGAAGAUAUAGCAUCGAGGGAUGAUGUCAACUGGACACAGGCGGAGGAAUUUAUAUCUGCACACCAGUGCACCAAAUGCAAGAAGAUCCUCUACAGGAGAAAAGGACAGGAUCCUAAUAAAGUGAAACCUUACACAAGGGUUUAUCACGACUGUCCUGGCAGCUUCCGUCCCAUCAAGAUGAUGGAGACGUACAGGGCAAAAGAAUGAGGGGACAUCUUUCUGAAUGAGAAAGUCCUAAAUCUGAUGGAAAAUUGAUUGAUUGGUCAUAAAGAUUAACUCCCUCAAAGAAGAAUCGCUGUUAGAAAUCCUUUGAAAUUUCAUUCAGUGUCAUCUAAAUUCUCAAUUAUUCAAGUUGAAUAAUUCUUGAUGAUGAUUCAUCAUCGAUUUUGUAAAAUAUGUUACAAAAAAUUGUCAUUCAAAAUCCCGUGGAUUGAUUGAAUAAAUUGAGGAGAUUUAUCACGUUCACGGCGAUUUAUCGUCUUUUUCUCAAUCAGUUGGAAACGAUUUAAAAAAUUUACUCGUAUCAGUUAUCAAAAUGGAAAUUCCUGGGUGUUACAGGACAUUAUAUACAUAUUGUUAUAUAUAAAUAUAUAUAUUUAUACAUGUUUUAUCAUGAAGGAUCAUAAAAUGAUGGAAAAACCCGUCAAAUAGUGCGAUUGCGACAAUUCUACACCCAAAAAAAUAUUUGAAAGGUCAUGACUUUAUUGGGGAUGAAGAUGCGGGGAUGAAACAAGAGCCAUUGGAAAGCUAAUUAGAAAAUGGCUAAUUAAAAAUGGUAUAACAAGUACCAUUAUUCACCAGUAAAAUGGUUGGCUUUGAGAGCUAAAAGUGUCAACUGCCUAAAAAUCAGAAAGAUGAAAGAGUAAUACUAGACAUUUACUGAUAAAAAAAAUUACCUGAUGACUUCUAAAUCAAAAGUGGCAGUUGUAACUUCGACUUCCCGCAAUGAGAACUGCUUGGCCCGCGCUAGCAUGGCCCCGU